AGAAGCUCGACGAUCAUCAGGUGAUGUGAACUCAACCAACUCCUCCAUUCAGCCGAUUCAACUUAUUUUGCAGACUCUUUUUAACGACUCCAGCCUACGAGUUAAUUGUCAAAACCAGGAAAAAACCCGCUCCGAACACAAAGCAUCAUGGGGCGGAAGAAAAUACAGAUCUCUCGGAUUCUUGACCAGCGAAACCGACAGGUGACAUUUACCAAGCGCAAAUUUGGUCUGAUGAAAAAGGCCUACGAGCUGAGCGUGUUGUGCGACUGCGAGAUCGCUCUUAUCAUCUUCAACAGCACUAACCGUCUUUUCCAGUACGCCAGCACCGAUAUGGACAAAGUGCUGUUAAAGUACACCGAAUACAGCGAACCUCACGAGAGCCGCACAAACACUGACAUACUGGAGACAUUGAGAAGGAAAGGAAUGGGGCUGGAUAAUUCAGAGCUCGAUCAGGAAGACAGUGUGACAAUGGGAACGGAGAAAUACCACGACGGCAUGGACCUCUCCAUCGCCCGCCAACGCUAUUAUGCUCCUUCGCUCUUGCCUUCGGAAGUGAUGGGUGCAAGUACCGAAAACGGCUACAGCAACUCCUCCAAUCCAAACCUUGGUUCACAUCGGACUCCGUCCUACAAACCUUUGUGUACCAGACCGGGCUCAACCGGUUCUGUCAGCUCCAACUCCCAUCCGGCUCUCAUGGGACCACAUGCAGGUCUGGGCUACUCCAUGUUCUCUCAUGGCAACCUGAGCAGGGCCUUGGAGAUGAAGACUCCGCCCCCUCUGAAUAUGGCCAAUGAUGGACGGCGCAUCGACGCUCACGGUGGACUGUGUGGAACCCGCAGUAAUUUGGCCAAUGCUGUGAGAAAGUCUACAAAAAGAGUACUCUAUCAGAGUAUGCAUGCUGGGGGCCACAUGAUGGCGAUGGGGAAGACAGGCUUACUCGGGCACAGUCUGGGCAACUAUGGGGCUUCAGAAUACAGCAACCCCAGUUACACCGUGGGUUAUCAGCGCAAUUCUAUGAAUACCUGGCAACCUUUGUCUCAUCAGGACACCCACCAGUCCAUGAUCAGCCCUGGGAUGGCAUCAGGAGGAAACUGUUCAUACCCAUCCCAGUGCUCCUCCCCUUCCUCACCGCCACACCCCUCCCUCAACCUGAGCAUCAAAUCAGAGCGCACCUCUCCUGAGCACAUGCUCUCGGCCACGCCCCCCAGCCGUCACAUGCUGCAGCACUCACCAAUGGAAGAGCCCAAGGCCACCAGCUGCCCUCCGUCAGAGGAAUACUCUGCUGUGGAGAGGGACGAGAUGCAGAAGAGCGGUUACUCCGGCCAGCAUGGUCCAAACAGAGAACCUGGAGAGGGGAAGAGCCACCAGCCUCUGAAGCAACCUGACGCCAAUAAUGGAUGGAUAAGAUAAUCUCCACAACCUUUUCUUUUCAUUUCUUAAAGGAACAGUACACCCAGUAAUUCAAAUUUACUGAACAUUUACUCACCCUCAGACAAUGCAAUAUGUAGGCUAGAUGAGUUGUUUUCUUCAUCAGAACAGAUUUGGAGAAAUUCAUGAUGGUGAAUGGGUGCCGUCAGAAUGAGAGUUCAAACAGCUGAUAAAAACAUCUCAGUAAUGCACACGGCUUUUAGAUUGGUUAUCAACUAACAUCUUGUAAAGUGAAAAGCUGCUUGUUUGUUUACUAAAUACAUAACUUAAAAACAGUGCUUCUGGCCAAAAUGUAAGUCUGUAAUCCAUACCAAUUCUUCCUCCAGUGAAAAAGUCCAUCUCCUGCUUUCCUUUUACAUGAGAAUCCACUGAUUUCUUUACAACUGAUUUGGACUGUUUUCACUUGUAAACGAAGCUUUAUCUGUGCAUAUUUGUCUCCUGAUUCAGACGAGGCAACAGUGGAGAAAGCAAUAUUAUGGUUAGAGAGACUGGUAUUUUAGCCAGAAGCAACAGUUUGAAAUUAAAAACUUCUUGUUGGAUUUGUUUAGAAACAUGCAGCUUUUCACUCCGCAAGUCAUUAAUUUAUGGACUGUAUUCGUGUGA